AGGAAAUGACCAAACAUGCUUCUCCACCAAGAGUCCCUAACAGACUGAGAGGAAACAGCCAACUCUCGUUCAGCUGCUGCUGCUCUUAUGGCGCCACUUUCUCUUCCUCACUCCACCGCGAUGAAGGAGCCCUCAGUCCGCAGAGUCUCGGAAUAAAGGGCAGAUACAAAGUUAACGAUGCAAGGAGCCAUAGCUCGGGUCUGCAUGGUGGUGGCAGCUGCCAUCCUCAACCACCCGCUGCUCUUCCCAAAGGAAAACACCACCAUCCCCGAACAGGACGAUGAUAUUUUGGCCCGCAUGAAGGAGCACGAGGAGAGGCUACAGGCUGAACGAGAGAGGCUUGAGCUGGAAAUUUCUUUGGCUGAUAAAGAAGACCUGAACUCGGGCCUUGACAGCUAUGGCUGGUACUUCUGGAGUGCCCUUUCUCUCGUUAUUUUCUUCACUAUUGAAGUUUGUAGGCAGGAUCUGCUGCCUGGAGAAACACCUGACCCUGCUGAAGAUGAAGAAGGGGGCACCAGUGGUGGUUCUGUGAGUGCUAAACAUCUGGUCUUAGAUAAAGGUGUCCUCAGCAACUUCUGCGAGACCAGCUUUCAUCCUUUCAUCAGUGAGAGCGGGAGGGUCCGAGAGUUUGUGGAGGGCUUUGCGGAUGACCUUCUGGAGGCUCUGAGGAGCAUUUGUGACCGUGAGGUCGACAUGGAACUCGAGGACUUUGUUGGUGUGGGCAGCGUGUUUGAGUCUUGGAGAGUUUCAAAGCCUCUUACAUGUGAUCUCAUUGUGCCGUUUACAACUCCAGAGCCGUAUUGUUUCCAGUUCCAGCUGUGGUGUGGUGUGCCCUCCGAUAUCCCACUGGACCUGCAAGGAUGUGGAAGGAUUAAGUUGACGAAAACCAGUGGGAAUUGCCCAGACUGCCUCUGUGGCAAAGCCAACCUUGGAGAGGAUAUGCUGUGCCUGAUUCACAACAGAAGCGAUGGUAAUAAAGCAGACGACCAUGCCCUGGAGGAGCUGCUGUGCUCAAGAAAUACUGCUUUUCUGUCUAAAGAUCAGGUCAUGAAGUGGUUCCAGAUCUCUGUGACCAAAGCAUGGGGACGGAUCUCUCACAAAUAUGAGUUUGAGCUCACUUUCCGCAACCUGGACUUUCCUGGAGCGUUAAAAGUCCGGUUCAGGUCAGGAAAAGUUAUCGUUCUGAACAUUACACCUGCUAUUCAGCUUGAGAACACGGACGCAUAUUUCGUCUCACACUUUCCUUCAGACAGUGACAGCAACUCAGACGUACACUGGCAUCUUUCUUUCACUGUUUAUGAGCGAAACCUGCUUAAGCACAUGGCAAAGACCCUUCCAGAAAACUCUUGCCACCUGCGUUGCCUUCAGCUUGUAUGUUUCUUGCACAGAAAGCAGACUGGUCUGACGGGCAGAAGUGCUCUCACAAACUACCAUUUAAAGACUGCUCUCUUGCAUCUGCUGCUGAGCAAAUCAUCUUCAUCAUGGCAGCCACGGAACCUGGACCAACGGCUGCGAGACUUGUUAGGCUUCCUACAAAAAAGCCUGCAAGAAAAGAGGCUCAGCCAUAUUAUCAUAGGGAAUCCUCGUGUCCCAGCUGAGAUCAGGGUUCCGACAAUGUUCCUGACCACAGAACCAAUAAACCUUUUCAGGCCUCUGGUGCUGCAGAGACAAACCUACGCAAAGAUGGUGGAGCACUUUCAGGAUAUGCUCAGAAACGCACCAGUGCUUAUUCAAGAGUACACGCCUCACUACCCUAAUGGUGACAUCUAUCAUGGCCUCAACUCAGCCACUGAGUCAUAGGCAGCCUAUGAAGUGGAGGAAAUUACCAGACUGAAUAGCUCACUGUUCAGCCCUAAAGACAUUCAGACCAGAAUUACAGAAUGUUUUUUUUUUCACUUGUAUGCAAGUCUUUUAUUUUGGCACUGACAAUAUAGUCUAUGUGGUUUCUAUAUUUUUAUUAUGAUAUUCAGCUUAUUUUUGGCAGCUGUUACUGUAGAAUAGUAGUUGAUGAAUAGCAUCUAUGUAUAUAAGAUAAAUAGAUAUUCAGGUUCAGUAUAAUGGGAAAAGAUUAUUUUAUGACAGGUAAGGAGAUUCUACCAACCCAGCGAAAGCAAAACCAAUUGUGCUGUCUGGGGGCUCUGAGAUGGGAUGGGGAGAGGGAAUUGAGAAAUCCAGGGAUCUGUUGACGAUGUGGAAUACAUUAAAAGUUAUUGACAUACAAAAUUAGAGAACCCUGGGUCCAUACUUCUAUCAAGCAUGUCAAUAAAGCUGAUUGAGACACCAAAUUGUAACAGUUUUCACGUUCCACUUUAAAUCAUGCAGAAGCCUUGGGAGGAAAAAGAACACAGCUACCUGCUGAGACAGACAUACUACUUGCAGUAUUUAAAUGCUUGCUAUGAAAAAUAACAAAGAAUAUACUACAUUUGUGGGCUUUUAUUUGGUGUGUGCCUCCACUUAAGAGACUGAACUGGGACAUUCUGCCCCUUGUUGUAACUGCAAAAUGUAGCGGUGGGACUAAGUGUAAAGGCCAAGAUUAGAUGCAUUAGGAGGUCUCUAGUUUUGAUAUAUUGUCCCUAGUCCAGUCGCUUUGAAACAGUGGUUGAGUUCCUAGUGUUGCCUGAGCCUUUCGUGGGCAUGAGUCUCAGAUGGCAUGGUCAUCCAUCUCCCCAUCAGUGGUGGGUGGUGGGGUGUCCGUUAGUUGAUAACAUGUUGGCAGUUAGUGUUCUUCAAACAUAUUUAACUGUCUAGUGAUAUUGCCUUAGAGUUAGUUAAAAAGAGGCAGUGGCUUGCUUAAUAUGACUCAGGGGAUGUGCAUCAUUGCUUCCUCCUAGCAUUGGUGGGAUCAUAUGAUGGGAGACUCCCAGCUACUGUUCUCUGUCACAAGACCUUAUGGAUAAUUCAAGACUCUUGCUGGCUUUGAAUGGGAAUAAACAAGCAUGAAGAAGAACAUUAGGGGCAGUUAUAGAUAUUAAUAGAUAUAAAAGUUUUACCUGCUUAUUGGCCAAUAGACAUUAAACUCAUUUAUCAAAAAAAUGGUGCACUGUUGAGGCUUUCUUGUCCAAACGUAUAAUAUAUAAAAAAUAAGCCUAAAAUGUAGAUACAUAAUAUAUAGAGUAAAUUGUAUAUUGUUCAAAUACAAUGCAUGUUCAAAUAUUAUCAGUAUCUACAAGCUUUACCCCUUGCUGGAUUUUUACCAAGGCUAUGACCAGCAAAGUACAGUGUGCGCUAUUAUGACAAAGUAAUUUUAGAUUGUUGGUAGCAUGUGGACAUUUUCCCAGAGUACUGAGACUCCUUGGAGUCACAUUCCAGUCAUGCCAAUUCAGUCCCAUGACACAACAGAUUAGAUAAAGGCAGACAUACUGAUACACACAAGGAAUGUAAAAAUAUGUCUGAGCAUAAUUGUUUCAGUAAUGGGGUAAUUCAUUGUUUAUUAGUGAAUUACUUUUCUAAAUAGGACUUAAUAGGUCUCUAAAAGUGUGUUUCAUACAUGUAAGAAUAUCACUCAAAAAAGGGUAACAAAUAUUAACACAUGGAUAAGAUUUAUGAAACAAGGACUUUACCUAGCAAAAGUCUGCAGAUAAUAAUAAUAAUAAUAAUAAUAGUAAGAGAAUUCAACACAGUUUGGUAUAUUUUGAAUGUUGUGAAUGUAUGUGAUGUGGAGUAUGAAUAGUUUACAAUAAAAUAUAUAAAGCAAUAAAGAGUAGUUUUGAAUA